GGCUGGUUCAAAAACAAAUCGACAAUUGUUUCUGUUCGAAGAAAUGUUGAUGAUUGUCAAGGAACGAAAUGGUGCACUCAUAUGCAAGGAUUACAUCAUGGUAUUCACUCAAUUUCUCAAUGUUCGAAUAUCAUGCUGAAUGAAUCGAUUUCUGUGGAUCCGUUGGCAUUUCAAGUUCUCUCGUUCGAUAAUCCUAAAGUACAAUACGCCUUCUUGUCGACAAGCAUCGAACAAAAACGCCAAUGGAUGAAAGAACUGAAGCGAAUGAUGUUGGAUCAUUAUACUGUUGAGAUACCGGAACGAACCAAACUGUUGAUGUUGAAUAUGGACACUACUAAUCCAAAAUCUUUCGUUAUCAAUCCUGAUCAUGGUCAGUUUUCGGAAAAUGGGACCGUGUACGGUGGAAAAGGUGUGAAAAAAAUUCCGAAGUAUUUGGAGAAAAGGCGCAAAAGUGUUGAUGCAAAUACCACUGUGCGCAGAUCGCAGCGACGUGAUCGUAGCAACUCAAGGACACGAUCAACAUCUAGAGNAUCUAGAGUUUCUAAAGCGGUUAGUCGUUUGAUGAGAAUUUGUUGGACUCCUGUCAGCAGUGCCUUAUGGAAUUAA